UUACCGCAAAGAAUACCAAAUAAACUUAAAUCAGUACACUAAAUGUUAGUUGUUCGUCCUCGCCAGUGCCCAGCAUGUUGAAAUCGAAGCAGUUGCUCCAACAAUUUUCCAAAGAAUACGCCAAAUUCACGCCAGCCAAUUUCAAGCUUAAGCGGGCCUUGGUAGUCACCAAGUUGUCCCGCUAUGAGUUCGAGCAACUGCGUCACCCGGAGCUGUCGCAAGAUCAGUUGCAGCAGAAGCUACGCGACCGGGGAACCGAUGUGGAGAUGGUCCUUUAUCUGCACAAGGUUCACAAGGAUUUCGAGCGACGGGUCGUGCAGAGCUUCCAGGACGUGGGCUGCGAGGUGAAGCUAUCCAGCAGACUUGAAUUUAGAAGCUCGUUGAGCAAGGACGUCAUGAGCUGGGCGGACGUCAUCGUACCGGUAGGUGGCGACGGUACCUUCCUUCUCUCCGCCGGACGCGCCAGUCCGCUCUUCGCGCUCAGCCAGCAGAAAACACCGAUCGUGGGCUUCAACUCGGAUCCGCUCCGCUCGGAGGGUCGACUUAUGCUGCCCAAGCACUACUCGGACAAUCCCGCCGAUGCCGUAUCCCGCAUCAAGAGCGGCGACUUUAAGUGGAUGCAUCGCUCGAGGGUACGAACGACGAUGUUGGGCAGCAAUGGUAAGAUCCCGGAGUCGACAGACCUCUUCCGCCACACAGAGGUCAAGAUGGAGCAGGUCACGACUGCACCCGAAAUGCUGGACCAGGACAUGGCUUCCAAGUAUAAAGCCAAAAUGAAACGAAUUCUUCCGUACUUGGCUCUUAAUGAGGUAUUUAUCGGGGAACAUCUCUCAGCCCGAGUGUCCCACUUGCAGCUGGUGCUGGACCACCAGGACGUUGUGAACAAGACCAAGUGCUCUGGACUGUGUGUCAGCACGGGCACGGGCUCAACAUCCUGGCACACCAGCAUUAAUCGCAUCACUAGCCGAGAUGUGGACGACCUGCUGCGAUCGCUUCCCAAUAGUAGUUCGAAAGACGUGAUGAUGCUACGCCAGAAUGCGGAGGAGAUCGCUCAGCGUUACAACCAGGGGCUGCUCUUUGCGCCGGACGACCCGCGUCUCUGCUACUCCAUCCGGGAGCAGAUCUGUGUGGGCGUGUGGCCCUCGCCAAAGACCUUCAAAGAGCGCGAUUUUGUGCAGACGGUGUUCGUCAAAUCGCAUUGCAUCGAUGCCAACCUGGUUAUAGAUGGCAGCAUUUCGUACCCCUUCAACGAUGGCGCCAAGGUUUUGCUGGAGGUCCAUCCCGAGGAUGCCCUCCUGACAAUCGCUUUAGACUGAAUCCAGUGAUGCCUCCCAAGUGCCUGGUUAUUUAGCCCUAGCAUGUCUGAAUUUUUGAAAUUAUUUAAGUAUGCAUUUUGCGACUACUUAGCAGUGUAAGCUCAAAAGUUAUUUUGUUAUUAUAUAAACAUAUAUUUAAACAUCA